AUGAAAUUAAAAUUUAAAGCCCUGGCACCGCUAGCCUGCCUUUUAUGCAUUGCACGUGCGGCCUCCGUUGCUUCGUCUUCCAGCGCGGACAACAUACCACCAUCAGAUGAUCUUCUGACUGAUUUUACGAUGGCUAUUUCAAUGAUUGGAAUAUCAGAAGUAGGCGAUAAAACGUUCUUAAUCGCUGCUUUGAUGGCUAUGCGCCAUCCAAGGUUCUUAGUUUUCUCAGCUGCUAGUGCCUCAUUAGGUAUUAUGACAAUUUUAGCGGGCAUGGUUGGCCAUACCUUUACGUCGCUGGUACCUCAGCGCUAUAUGCAAUUUGCAGCUGGCAUACUCUUCUUUGUAUUUGGCUACAAGCUAACUUUGGAAGGGUUAGAGAUACCCAAAGAUGCCGGUGUCGAAGGUGAAUUGGCGGAAGUUGAAGAGGAAAUCGCCAUUCAGGAUUUUAAUAGUGAUAUGCAUUGUGUCGAAGCUGCUAACACUAUCAAAGAGAAAAGAAGAUUUGUUCAAAAUAGAAUUCUAAAUGAAAUAUUAAUAAAAAUUACGGAUUUUGUAUCAUCUUUAUUCUCACCAACGUGGGUUCAAAUAUUUAUAAUGGUGUUUUUGGGUGAAUUUGGUGAUCGCUCUCAAAUUUCAACCAUUGCAAUGGCUUCUGGAAGUAACUACUGGGCGGUUAUAUCUGGGGCCACUGUUGGCCAUAUAUUAUGUACAGCGCUUGCGGUACUUGGAGGUAAAUUACUGGCCAAAAAGAUUAGCAUGAGAACCGUUACAUUAGGAGGUGCCUUCUCAUUUCUUGUAUUUGGGAUUCUGUAUACAUAUGAAGCAUUCCAUAACCAGAAUUGA